AUGGAACAAGUCAUUGGUAUGCUGGGAAUGGAGAUUCGGCAGCCUUCCAAUCCGUUUUCGAAUCUCACCUUCCUUGCCAUUUGCCAGUGUCAGAUAAAUGCCCUCAAGGUCAUGAUUCCAGACUUAGAACCACCUGACAAUCCAAUUCCAAAUUAUUCCAUUGAUCUCGGGGGCAGUUAUGUUCUCCUCAGGGCUUGUGCCAGAUACAAUUAUCACCCAGGUGAGACUGAGACACAAUUGAUUCAUGAAUUCCUAGAUGGGCCUGUUCCAAAGUUUAAAUGCUGGGCAAGACUGCAGCUUCCAAAUGGCCAGGUCACUCGCUGUGCAUGGAAGGAAACACUCAAACAUACAGAGAAGGUCCAUAUGGCACAAAAUGUCAAGGUGACUGUCUCUCCUGAUGUCAUGAGCCCAGCAUCUCACUACAACAUAAAUGAUGAUGAGAAUGACAGAGAGUUGGAGUACCACAAUGAUGAAGUAUAUUGCUUUAUCACUGUUGCAAUGGUCUCUGUCUACUCUUGCCUGGAUCCAGAACUACUCCAGAAGUCAAUGCAGACUGUUUGGUCUUGCAAAUAUCAUGGUGACGAGGCACUGCAGCUAGUCAGUGUGAAGUCCAUCCAGUCUGUCAUUGCCAUGAUACCUCACCAUCCUAAACUCCAAUCUGGGGUAGUGAAGGAUCACUUUUUCCUCCUCGAGAAGCCUGGGCUUGGGCUUGUGACUGUUGAUGAAGAGAUUGAAGAUGAAGCAGAUGAGGAUGAGUAG